AUCAUGUCGUUGAGCCCAAAGCACACAACGCCUUUUUCAGUGACAGACAUUCUGAGCCCGAUUGAGGAGUCGUACAAGAAGUUUGGUGGCAUGGAUGGCGCUGGCAACCUCGGAGCCCCUCUGGGAGGUUACCGCCAACCUCAGGUCUCCCAGGCUAGCAUGCAGCAGCACACCAUGGGUCACAACGCCACGGUGGCGACCACCUACCACAUGCCACACGGCGUCUCCCAAUUUUCUCACAGUGCCAUGGGAGGCUAUUGCAACGGGAGUAUCGGCAACAUGGGGGACCUACCUUCUUACCAGGAGACCAUGAGGAAUAGCGCCGCAGCGACUGGCUGGUACGGGACUAACUCGGAUCCCAGAUAUUCAACAAUCUCCCGCUUCAUGGGAACGUCUUCAGGAAUGAAUAUGACAGGGAUGGGGACUUUGAGUGGAAUGACAGACGCCGCCAAGCCCAUGGCACCUUUACAUGCUACGCCCAGGAGAAAAAGAAGGGUACUAUUCUCCCAGGCCCAAGUGUACGAGUUGGAGAGACGCUUCAAACAGCAGAAGUACCUGUCUGCUCCCGAAAGGGAACAUUUAGCCAGCAUGAUCCACCUUACGCCGACACAGGUCAAGAUCUGGUUUCAAAACCACCGCUACAAGAUGAAACGCCAGGCCAAGGACAAGGCUGCUCAACAAAUGCAGCAGGAAAACAACCUGUGCCAACAGCAACAGUCUCCCAGGAGGGUGGCCGUGCCAGUUCUUGUGAAAGACGGUAAACCCUGUCAAAAUGGCUCGAGCACCCCUACCCCCAGCCAACAAGCACAGCAGCAACAGGGGGCAAACGGCAUCCUUCCGGUCGCCAGCACUACCAUCCCCCAACAGCCGAAUCAACAAGUGAAUUCACUAGCUCCAGCUCAAGACCUAGGCCAGGUGUCCCCAAAUCCAUCGUCUCUGCACAAUUCGGUCAGUAACAUGUCUCAAAUGGACACAGGGACUGCAGACUACACGGGGAGUAUGGUCAAUCCUGGCCUGCUGUACGGCAGGACCUGGUAG